AUGGGACGAUCCUCUCUUCGGAUAGUACACCCUCAUAAGUUUUUUUAUUUCUGUUCGUAUAAGUGCUCUUGGGUUCUAUUGGCGCUUGCGUUUUUGAUCACCUGUUCGACAUGGCUUACAACGCACAAAUACCACCAUCAGUUAGAGGACCGCUCACAAUUCCUCACUUGCCUCAGCGGGGACUGCUUUAUAACCUUGUUCAGUGGCUUGUUUGACCAGCGCAACUUCCAGUGCGGUGCUGGUUCAGUAUGCCACACCUUUAACAAUGGCGGCGGGGUGCCGAAAUCUUGGAGCGUGGCAGGUUGGGUGCGCCUGGACACAGCCCUGGAUGAAGUGUUUGACGUUACCGCAUUUUCCAUUGGCCCGGUGAGCCUCAAGUUCGCGGCGCCCGCGGUGCCGUACGUUGGCGUGGAAUCGGCGUGGCCCGACGUGCGAAGACAAUUUGAACAUAAGCCCGGCCUGCGUGGGCACUGCGCGGACCUUACCAUACGUUCCUACCAGACCCAAUCUUUCGAUGAUGCUUUGCGAGAGUGUGCGCAGUUGCCCGGUUGCACUGUCGUCACACGGAACUCGCAUGACCUGUCCACAUUCUUCUGUCUUGCGGCGUAUUCCAUUGAUACUCCAGAUGGCGCCUGGGCAUCGGCAGUCUUGCGUGAAGCGCCUCCCUUCCACCAAUAUUCCGGGGCAGUCACCGUAAACAGCUGGAAUUACUUUGCAAUGACCCACGAAUCUGGGAUUCUGCGUUUUUAUGUGAAUGGGUUCCUUCGCCAAACAAUGGAGGUCAGCAUUCCCGAGGAUGUUACGCAGCUGGACUUAGGGCGAUCUCCACGCUGGUUUGAGAGCCGCUUUCCGGGACAGAUCGGGAAUAUUCGCGCGUGGCGUCGUCAGCUCCAGCCAAACGAAGUGGUGAUGAGCAUGUCAACCGAGCUCCCUACAAGGGACCAUGUUCUGAACGUGACCGCGUCGCCACUCUGGACUGGGCCGCCUCCCAUUAGACCGACCUGGGCUAGCCUUGCAGUGCCAAGCCAUGUAUCCGAAUGUGAUGCGGCAGUAAUAGUGCCUGUACUGGAGCGCACGCCCUUCCCCCAGCUGCAGACGCUUGCGACCCAUCUGCAGCACUUCGCUGGCCACUCAUGCCAUGCCAAGGUGUUCAUGGUUGCAUGCUCACGCCAGGACUUGGGUAAUUCCAGUCUGGAUAACCUUCAGGAUGCUGUACUCCUGCGGCCCAACGUUUCACUACGUUGGGAUGCAUGUGUCCAGUAUGGCUUGAAGCUGGCACUAGCAAAGGCCUACACGACGCCCUACACUGCUGUGGUCGCCGAGUCCCUGGUGCCUUUGUAUGGCUGGCUGUCAGGGCUUGCGCAUGACCUGCAGCUGCAUACAGACACGUCUGCGGUUUUUGCCAAAAUCUUAUUCGCAAACGGCACAAUUAAAAGUGCUGGGUCUCGUUUUGAGCAGGCGUACGAUGACUACUUGGGACGUCAGGUGCUGCGGCCUGUCGAGAUGUACGCAGGUUAUCCAUGGAAUUACCAGCCAACCAUGAAGACCAUGAUGAUACGUGGUGCAGGCUGUUCGGCAUGGCUUAUGCACAGCUCUGAUUUUCGCAAAAUUCUGGAGGAUGGUUUUCCUUCAGGUUUGGGCAGCAACCUGGCUUGCUCGGAUAUGGCACUCAAGCUUCAGCGCGGGGGCCGUGCUGUGCUCCUGUCUCCGCAGGGUGCCUUUGUUGAUACUGCAGCACGCAUACAGCACGAGGACACAGCCGCAUUGCAGGCGUUUGAUGAGGUAUGGGGAGCCGAUCUCGCGUCACAGCAUGCACUUGGACUGGCGUUUAACGCUACUGUGAGCUGGGCCAUGCAAUGUGGUGGAUAUGAAGGCAUUAAAGCUUAUAACCUCAUGCAGCAUCUGGAGGGCCAACUGCAGCUUAGGGCGCAGAUACAGCGUGGUUGGCCAUUCUGUGAGCAUCCAGAUGUCCUCCAGGGGAUGCCACUGGCCUUCACGCAACGGCUGUACCGGCUUCGGCGCUUAUCAGCAUACCUGCCUUCAGACAUCAUUGUUCACCAGAAGGAUUACCGGCAGCUGGCUGCAUGGCCAUGGCCCCCAAGCAACUCAUCCACGUACUUGAUUGGUCGCUACGGGUGGGAUGUCGACCCUAUCCAUCGCCAGUGGAUCGACCAGGUGAAGAACGAGUUGGAUGAGGUCUGGGUACCGUCCAACUGGCAUGCCGCAUCCCUAAGACAGCAAGGUGUCAGGACAGGCAAGAUUUUCGUCAUUCCUGAAAGCGUGGACUCUCACUUUUAUGACCCCGACAUUUGGGAGCCGCUCACUUUACCAAGACAAGCCCGGCUGUCUUUCCUGUCUUCAUUCCGGUUGGAUGACCACGCGGGCUGGCAGGCAGUGCUUUCGGCGUACCUGACGGCCUUUCGUAACUGCACAGAUGUUUCCCUAUACAUCAACACGGCGAUGUCCCCCGAGCUGUCUUACAAAAGGGCUUCUAUCUACGAGACCAUGAACACCUUCCUCCGUUCAAGCAAUGAUACGUACCUCCGUUCCAUCAGUAUGUAUCCUGAGCCUACACGGGGGGCACCGCACGUGUACGUGUUCGGCCGGCAACUGACACAAAUUGAGCUGCUCAGAAUCAUCUCUUCGGUUGAUGUGGUGGUGGUACCGUCCCGAGGUGACGGGUGGAACAGUCUGUACUUGGAAGCCAUGAGCCUGGGCAAGCCACUGAUAGCAACCACCUCUGCUGGUUUAGCUGAGCACAUCCAGCCGGGCUUUGCGUUUCAGCUUAACUACACGUCUACUGAGGUGCAUGGAUCAGACACGUGGUUUCGUGGAGCUCGUUGGGCUGAGCCGUGUGCUGAGGGGCUGAUCGCUGCAUUCCGUGCGGCGUAUAGCAGCAAAAGCCUGCAUGCGAUGGGGCGCGAGGCAAGGGUAAGGAUGGUCAAGGAGUAUGACAAUGAGGUGGUGAGCAACAUGGUUCUGAAAAGGCUAAAGGAGAUCAGUGAAUACCAGCUUUCGCGCCCUCGCACAGCGAGAUCCCUGGAUUUGGCGAAAGACCCAGUACCAACCGAUGUGCACAUAUGUGCCAUGCUCCCUAAGGCUAGUAUCCGUGUGCACCGGACAACACCAGCCCUGAAGAUUGCUGUGGUGUCGACAGCACCUCCACGGCGGUGUGGGAUUGCUACCUUCAACACAGCUCUACUGCGCUACUUGCGGCCACUGCUGCCCCAAGGCAGCUCAGUUGAAGUAUUUCCGCUGGUCGGCGAUAUGGAGGCGGCGCCAUUUGGUAUGGAUCCUACCAUGCAUGUUAUACGGCAAGAAAACUAUGGAGACUACAUCGCGACAGCUCGCCUCAUAAAUGAUGGUGGCUUUCAUGCAGCCAUAUUACAGCACGAGUUUGGGAUCUGGGGUGGUACCACUGGAUGUUUGGUUGUUUGCUUUUUAAAAAUGCUGGAGGUGCCAGCUGUUACUGUCAUUCACACGCUCAGCGACAACCUGGGAAACUCGGACCAAUACAUUUUGCAGCAAUUAUCGGCAGCAUCCACAGCAGUUGUCGUUAUGUCUGAAUCCUCCCGGAACAAGCUGGGGGCGUUCCACGGCAUCCCGGGCAACAACGUCGUGGUUUUGCCACAUGGAGCGCCAGUGAUAUCUGCUGUGGACCCGCUUGCAGCGAAGGCAAUGCUAAACCUGACUGGAAGGACUGUACUGUUGACGCACGGCCUAAUAAACCCCAUGAAGGGUGUUGAUCUGGUGCUGGACGCCUUGCCCACAAUCGUAAAGGAGUUCCCCGCCGUGGUGUAUUUAGUCGUUGGCGAGCCCCACCCGGACUGUGGCUGGCCUUGCGCGAAUUACUAUGAGCAGCUGGUCAAGGCUGUUUCAGAUCAUCGUAUCAUGGACCACGUCAGGUUUGUGACCGAGUUCAUCAAUGAUCAGUUGUUGUUGCAAUACGUCCAGGCGGCUGAUAUCUACGUCCUGCCGUAUAAGGAUCGCAUCACGACCAACUCAGGCACCCUUACUAUGGCCCUUGCCGCUGGGAAAGCAAUAGUGUCUACCCCCUUCGAUCAUGCCGUGUCGGUGUUGCCGGGCCGCGGUGUGCUAGUAGAUUUUGAAAGCCCCACCUCGCUCCAAGAAGGAAUAUUGCAGCUGCUUCGUGAUGACGGCCUCAGAGUGAAGUACCAACAGGCAGCCAGAGAGCUGUCGUCCGGGAAGGAUUGGCGGUCGUUUAAGAGGCUGCCCUUCUUCGUAUACGCCUACGUUAGCUCGGAGAACCCUCCACCCUUGAGUUUAUGCAGCGCCCGCUGCCGUUAUUUAGUAUUCCAUCGACGCCACGAUCUAUUGUACAUGCGACAUCCGCCGCUACUGCCGCCCUCGCCGCCGCUGCCAGCAGCGGAGCAGCAGCAGGAACAGAAGCAGCUGCCGCGGGGCCCGUCUGCCUCGCAGUUGCAGCUACGGCCAUCGGUAACGGGAUCGCUGGCGUCCAGGCUGGGAGCCGUAACCAUGGAGAUUCAGCAGUACGGCAGUACGCAAGUCAUGCCCAUGGAUGCCGUACGGAAUUGCUUUUCGAAGCUUCUAGUGCCCCUGGCUAGGCAACACAGCGGUGCAGAAGACUGCGAGCCGAACUAA